AAACUAGGCAGUUUAAUUUCAACCUGUGCAAGAUGUGAAACUCUUGUUUUUUUUUUUUAAACAUUAGAGUGCUAAAGCUGGUGGUACAAGAUGUGCUGCAGGAAGAUGUGAGGUAUUCGGAAAUACUCUUGUAUUUCUUGUCGCUAUUACCGCCCCUCCCGGUAAGGGUGGGAGGAUAACGCAAGCUCCCCCAUUGAAAAAAAUGAAAACACUUCCGGGUGUGUUUGAGUUUUUCACUUCUUGCUUUGGCUUCACAACUUUUUAAUUAGUCCAGUUUUCAAGUUGUUAGUGUUUAAAUGUGAGGAGCUGACGGAGGAGCAGCCGGCUGGAGCAAACCAGACGCCCAGAAGAAGAAAAGAAAAAGAGGAAUUAACCUGAAAGCUGUGAAGGCCUCAUAGCAAUGAAACAGAUGACUGAGAGGUGAGCUGAUUGCUUUCUGUUCCUCUAGACGAAGAGGAAAAGGUAGAGGAAGAGGAAGAGGAGGAUGGCUGUGGUGGAGCAGAGUGGAAGUGUCACUGUGGCGUCCGCUGUCACAGAGGAAGAAACUCCUCCAAAGGAAGCAAACGGUAAUGGCAGCCAUGCCACCAAUGAUGUUACUGAAGCUGAGACCACACCAGAGGCUCCAGCAGAACCAGAGCAGAGCAAAGAUCUGUCAGUGAUAGCUCAGACACCCAAAAGCAACUCUGUGGUGAUUCAAGGCAAUAACAGCAACCCAGCCAGCGAGAAGUUCAAGAGAGUCCGCAAUUGGAGCAUCGCCAAAUAUAAAUGUACCAGGCAGGCUCUUUCAGAGAAGCUUGGCCGUGGGUCUCGUACGGUGGAUCUGGACCUGGAGCCUCGCCUCGAUCUGCUCAAAGACGACCGCCAGCGCUACGAACACAUGACCAGACUGGCACAGACGCUGGCCGAUCAGCUCUCUCAGCUCACAGUUACCCAGACCAACCUUGGUAACGCCUUCACAGAGCUCAGCGUCAAAACGCCGACUCUGCAUGUGGCAUUUGGCAUAAAUGCCGAGGCUCAGAAGUUUCUGUCUAAGAGCGGCGAGACUCUGACAGCAGCCAUCAACGCCUUCACAUCUGACAUGGACACGCUGGUCAACAAAACCAUCGAGGACACAAUGAUCAACACCAAGCAGUACGAGGCUGUCAGGAUCGAGUACGAUGCAUACCGAGUGGACCUGGAGGAGCUGAACCUGGGACCCCGUGACGCUGUCACUCUGCCCAAACUGGAGCAGGCCCAGAAAAACUUCCAGGCUCAGAGGGAGAGGUACGAGAAGAUCCGAGACGACCUGUCUGUCAAAGUCAAGCUGCUGGAGGGGAACAAGGUCAAAGUCCUCCAGAAUCAGUUGUGGCUGCUCCACGGCGCCUUUGCAGCUCACAGUUUGUCCUGUCAGAAUUUCCUGGAGAAGAGCAUGCAAGAGGCUGGCGAACACCUCAACAAUGUCAGUACUGAUACCCCAUCCUGGCUGGAGGAAAGUUGACACAACAAAGCAGCAACCAACAGUGACUGUAAGACAGGUGGACAGAAUCAGAGGAACCUUUAGGACUCGUGGAUGCUCUGUGAGAAAAGGGAGUUCUCAGCUGGGAAUGUUUGGGUAGAUGUUAGAAUGGUGUGUGAUUAGUUUAUUUAUACCAGAGUGGAAUUUAAUUCUGUAGAUUUGGGAUGGAUUUCCAGCCUCACAAAGAGCUCUGGAAAAUGGGGGAGUGUUUGCUACAGAAAAUAGAGAGCUAGCACAAAAGUCAUUAUUUGGGAUGUAGAAAGAGUUACAUGGUGUAACUCAUGGAGGUCUGGAAAGACUGAAAAUAAUUACAUUUAAGAGAAAAAGGUUUGAACUAUCUUCUGUCAUUCAGUACAAUGCAUAUAUUCACAGAUGUUCUCUUGCCUCUGGCUCAGUGUGUUGGGAGUAGAUCCAUCUAAUCCUCUGUGAGUCACUAAGCCUUUCUUUGAACUUUUAAAAUCCUCUGCCACAUCCUCAGAAACUCACAGCAACCAAAAGUGCCUCGACACCACUGCUGGAAAACAGCUCCACAGUCAAUGUAGGCUGCUCAUUCCUCACUUCUCCACCAACAUUAUCAGCCAGUCAAUUUUCCAAGUGUAAAUGCCAACCAUCUGGAUAUCUCAGCUGUAACUAAUUGGUGUGAAGAUCUCAGUUAAUUGUUUGGGGUUUUAUUCAUUUUAAACUUGUGUUGAAUCCUGAAAUCUGAACCCAAGGGGAUUCAGUAGGGUUCGGAUUUGUUGUGCAUAUUAAUAACUUGAUUUAGAUUAAAAACUAAAUGCCAAAUCCAAACCCUAGCACCAACUGGCUACAGGUGAUUCAGAUUUUUUGGACUGCCAAAGAAUGGCCACCUCCAAACUUUCUCCACCCACAGAUUUAGCUUCAGAAUCUUUUGCCUUUUGGCAGGUGGCCACUUUUUUCUCUAGUUUACAUCACAAGCAGUUUUACCGCAUGUAAAGACCAAUCAUGACAAAAGACUGAGCAUGAUGUCAAUAGUGAGAGCUGGUUGUCACCGUUCCUUCGAGCCAGAGAUCUACGUUUAGAAAUAUUGGUGUG